AUGGGGUCGACAGGUUUAACACUGGCUGAUUUGCCAAAUAUUUUUAUUAUGAUUGGAGCGUUGGUUGCAUUAUUUGCAAUGCUGGUUAUACUUCUCAGGAACAUGGAGGUGAUCGGCGUGGUGGGCGAGGGGCGUGAGGACGCUUGGAGGCGUGCCAUGCAACCUCCAAGGCUCCUCAUGCAGAGGGUCCACAUUCCAUUCACAUUCAAACUACAGGAAAGUCAACCUGUAGACUACAGCGGAGUAUCUUGCGUGGUGUCGUCAACGGUGCGAUACUGGCAAGCGAGCUGGUGGGGUGCACCGGUCCGGGAGCUCCACACCACUCUGUGGGGCACUCUAACAGAGAUAUUCUCCUCCAAACAUUUGGAUUUCACUCUAAGUAACCCUCACGAUGAGAAACCGAUGAGGUUGUCAGUGAACGAGCCCCUCCAGCUGGGGCCGCCGCCGAGGGCUUGUUACCCGCUCGUGGUGAUACUGGCGCGGGACGAACGGGACACUGGUGAUCUCCGGCCCGAUGACACGGUGGCGCUAGUGACGGUUGUACAUAUUCGAGACGAGCAGUGCCCUCUGCCGAGUGGCAUAAUUUCGCAAUACUUGAAGCAGGCGAACGGCCACCUCUCCUGUUUGAAGCAACUAUACGUGAGCGCCGCGUGCGGUGAGGGUGGGGACGGUUACGCGGAGGGUGCGCACGCGGCGCACGCGACGCACGCAGCGCACGCGGCGCACGAGGCGCUGUGCUGCGUGUGCACCGCGCAGCCGCUGUCGCGCGCGCUGCUGCCCUGCCGGCACGCGUGCCUUUGCGCGCGGUGCUUCCCGAAACUAGACAAGUGCCCGAUUUGUCGCAGUGCCAUAACAAGCUACUUCUGCAUCCGCAACGACGACGAACCUCUGUCGGAGCUCAAGCAGCAGCCGCUCUUCAAUCGCCGCCUCUACAACCUAUUCCACUACCACUAG